CUGACAUUUUGUCUCUAGCAGACCUCUUUCCAGAGCCGCAGGCUGGAGGGAGAAGGCCUGGGGUCUGGUCUGCUCAGGAGGAUUUCAGCCAGGAAGUCUCGACAGUGCGGUAACAGCCCACGAGCUCAGAACGCCAGCUACAUGGGGAUCGGAGACGACGGCGGCGCAGGAAGGCUGAGUCGACGCUUUUCCCGCUUGAGUGGCAGGCGGCAUUCUCGGGAGCCCGGCAGGGCACACGCUCAACCCGAGAGAUCUCCUGCUCCACCCCCGGAGCGACCAGCUCGUCAAGUAGCGGUAGAUGACAGGCUCCUUCUGGCAGACCCUGUUCCACCUCCAGCACCAGCUAUUCCUCGGGUUCCAUCCCCAGCUCCUGUUCCUCUUACACCAGCUAAGAAAAUUCCACCCAAGCGGCCUGACAAAGCUACCAAGCCCAAACUUCCGCCUCGGCCUCUUUCCAAGGUGUUUAGUAGUACUGACCAUGGCUCAGCUGUGUUACAGGGUUUGAAUGUUUUCAGGACCAGUGACGUACUGUGCGAUGUGGUUUUGGUUCCAGGAGACUGUGAGGAGACUUUCCCAGUGCAUCGAGUCAUUAUGGCUUCAUCCAGUGACUACUUUAAAGCCAUGUUCACAGGAGGUAUGCGCGAGACGGAUAUGCGUGAGAUCAAGCUGCACGGCGUCACCAAGUUGGGCCUGAAGAACAUUUUAGAUUUCAUAUACACCUCGAAAGUCAGCCUGGAUAUGAGCAACCUCCAGGAUACCCUGGAGGCCGCCAACUUCUUGCAGGUCAUGCCUGUACUCAAGUUCUGCAACCAGCUUCUGAGCAGUGAGAUCACAGUUGAUAAUUGCGUGGAAGUAGAAGGCAUCGCAUCUGACUUAAUCUUGGAGGAUGUGCAAAAGAAUGUCUCCGAGUUUGUGGGCCGCAACCUGUCAACAUUGGUGCAGUGCGAUCGCUAUCUGCAACUCUCCGAGAAGACCAUCGUCGGAGUCUUGGCCAGCAACUCAUUGAGGGGUUUCUCCGAAAUGGAGCUCUACCACAUCGCCAAAGGCUGGCUGGCUCACGAUUGUGCCAAGCGCCGCCAUUCCAUCUACGCCUUGAUGCGUCACAUUCGCUUCCCUCUGAUGAGCCCUUCAGAGCUGAUUCAAAUCUCCCAUGAAGGAGAUGACAAGGACGAGGAAGGCGAAUCCCUAAUGCGUUCUGAGACCUCUUGCGUCAACCUUCUGCUUGAGGCCAGUAACUAUCAGAUGAUGCCUUUCAUGCAGCCAGUACUCCAAAGCGAGCGAACCCAGAUCCGCUCGGACACCACCCAUAUCGUGACAUUGGGCGGUGUCAUGCGGCAGCAGCUGGUGGUGAGCCGUGAACUGAGAAUGUACGACGAUAAGACAGGUCACUGGAGAGCCCUCAAACCAAUGGAAGUUCCUUGCUACCAACAUGGCGUGGCCCUUCUAGGCGGCUUUCUCUUCAUUGUUGGAGGUCAGAGUACCUACGACACCAAGGGUAAGACGGCCAUCGAUAGCGCCUAUCGCUACGACCCGCGCUUCAAUGUGUGGCUUCAGAUCGCAUCGCUGAAAGAGAAGCGGACUUUCUUCCACCUAAGCGCCCUGAAGGGGCAACUCUACGCAGUUGGUGGCAGGAAUGCAGUUGGUGAGAUUGACUCGGUGGAGUGCUACAACUUGAAGACAAAUGAGUGGACCUUUGUGAACAGCAUGGCCCAAUCUCAUUAUGGUCACGCCGGGACGGUCCAUGACAACAUGUUGUACAUCUCAGGCGGCAUCACCCAUGAUGCCUUCCAGAAGGAGCUGUGGCGCUACGACCCGGCGGCUGACGAGUGGACCCGGCGGGCUGACAUGAAGGAGUUGCGAGGCCUACAUUGCAUGUGCACAGUGGGGGACCGCCUCUUCGUAAUGGGUGGGAACCACUUUCGGGGCAGCAACGACUACGAUGACGUGCUGGGCUGCGAGUACUACAGCCCCGCAGACAACCAGUGGACGGUGGUGGCGCCCAUGCUGCGGGGCCAGAGUGACGUUGGCGUCACAGUCAUGCAAGGCCAGAUCUACGUGGUGGGCGGAUAUUCAUGGAACAGCCGCUGCAUGGUGGACAUUGUGCAGCGCUACGACCCCGAGAAGGACGAGUGGGACCGCGUGUUUGACAUCUUGGAGCCUCUGGGCGGAAUUCGAGCCUGCACACUGACUGUUCAUUUGCCGGAGGGGUCAGUGGAUGAGGCUCACAUUCAGGAAGGACCUCUGCCCACAGGCGAGAAUUGAAAGUUGAUAGCAAUUGGACAAAAUCUGUUUCUUCAAAGACCAUGGAAAUAGUCACUUCAAAACAAAAAGCACACUCCAUGUGUGAAGAUUUUUUUUGUGGGUCUACUAAGUACUCAGGGUAGAACAUGGUGACCAAAUUUCAUGUGUGCUAAGUGAAACGGCUUCAGGGGCUGAUUUAUUCUUUCUUUUAAUUCAGGAGGCUGCAGCAGAUUCCUCUUUGAAACCCAAAUAUUAGAUAUUUCUUUUGACUUUUAGAACAUGUCUUCUUGGCUACAGUCAGAAUGCAGGUCAAAAUGCACAAAUCUGAUGUAUUUUAUCUAUUAGUAUGACUGCUCAAACAACUGUUUUCUAUAGUGGCCCGAGAAGUGUAGCGCAUGUGUAGAAGAGCAAAAAUAAGACACGUCACAACACAUGGUAGCAAUAGAAACAUGCUAAACAAACAGCAGCGCUUAUUCAGCAUGGAGGCCUGUUAUUUACCUCUUGAAUAAUGGAAGUAGCCGGAUGAUUUUACAGACACUGAGGAGUCUGUUCUCCAUAUUUGUUGUGAUUUCCCGCCAUUUCACUCAUUGCUAAGCAAUACAAAUUGACGUCAUCGACGUUUGCCUACAUCCGAUUUGGAGGCACUCAACAGUUCAAACUGCAGCCACAUUCCGAAAAAUUAAAUCCACAUACGAAAGUGGCCUCGAUCGGAUUUGAAAACAUCCGCUUCCAAGCAACUCAGCCACUGUUGCCAAUUUAGCGACUUUCUCGCUAAAUCUGGCGACUUGCCAAAGCCUCUUGGCAACUUUUUUGUCAAAAGUUCCAAGCGGCAAAUCUAGCGACUUUUUGUGGUGUUUUUUAAGUUGAAUGGAGAAAUUCUAAAAUGGAAGUUGCUAACAGACAUGCAGAAGUUAAAGUGGAAGUACCUCGGAAACUUGUCUACAACACAUUUCAUGUUUGCAUUUACAUGGUUCCGUCUCCAUUCAAACGAUGUCACAAUUCGGCGUGAAAACAAUGUAGUAUUCAUGCCAGGCCCUAGAAAGCAGUGCGGUUUUACAAAGUGACAGCCAAUGAUGCACUUCCUUGACAACAACCUCCUUAGCCUGGAAGACAACAUAACCACUCGAAGCCGUGGCCUCAUGCGUUUUUUUUUCCUUUUGCUUCAAAAGGCACAAAACGCGAACAUAAAAUAUAUUUAAAAAUAUUAUAAAAACAGUAAAUUUAAUCCGACAUUCCACCAGGUUUGCUGUUUUGAAUGUUUAAUAGCAGCGACUCCACUUGCCCAAAGUGAUGUGUGCGAGUGAUGACGUCAUCGGCGAGGGAGCGUUCCAUUCAUAUGGUUACGGAGCAAUCCCCGCAAUCCAAUCGUUCUGCUUUGGAGGCUGGAAUCAAAAGUUUGCGUCUUCGCCUUCCGUUUUCGCCGUCACCGUGUUAAGGUCGUUGCGUCAGAGUUGGCAACACUGAACUCUGCUCGUUAAGACCAUCAACAUAGUAUCUAGUGGGAUAAAGGCAAAAUAAUUCUGAUUCGGCAAAGACCAACAUGUGGUGUGGACCCUUGAGUCUUUUUUUUUCAGUUGUACUUAUGAUUAGUUGUGUUACAAUUGCAACAUCGUUUAGUUAAGCAAAGAUUCAGUCAGAUUGAUCAAAUUGCAAAACAUUGGUCAACGUUGUCAGCUUUUAGAUACGUUUUGUUGCCGCUUUGUUAAAAAAAUAAUAAUUCAAUUAUCUGAAUUUUUUCAGCAACAAAAUUGUCAGAAAUGUUGAUUUGCCUUGGAUUAGGUAUUUUCUCUUGUGUUGUGUUAAAGGUGUACAUAUUCAAAUAUUGUAUUAAAUCAAUGUAAUUUAAUAUCAGAAAAUAUUGUAUAGAGAGCCAGAUGGGACCGUAUCAUCAGGAUUUUUUUCAUUUACACCCUAAUUUAGACUUGGUGACCAAAUUUCAUGUCAGUAAGUAAAACUGGCCACAGGGAAUGAAGUCUUUCUUUUAAUUUAGCAGGGUGUUGCUAUUUGUUUUGUAACCAUAAAAUUGCUGCUUCAAACCAAAUUGGCAGGUUUCCAUCGUCUUUUCAGCCAUCGUAUGUUGUGACUUUUAAGUUGAUCUGCUCAUGAUAAACAAAUUUCAUGAUGCUAAAUUAAUCGGGCAUCAGCGACUGUCUAAGAACUAACAAAUGUAACUUGUCAUCAAGAUGAACAAAAAAUCCAGCGUUCCAAGGGAAUGGUCAUGUGUAUAUGCCAUUUAUAGUGAUUGAUGUCCAAUCUAUUUUGACUCGGAGGCCUACCAGCAAUCACUCGCUCUCAGCCCCUCCCUGUUGAAAUGGAUUGGAUGUCUAUCUCUGUCAAUGGUAGCCAGUGAGUCAAAUUUUGCUAAACUAAUCUGCCUUAAGGGCUGGAUUUUCCAUUGAAAAAUCAGAGGGUAUUACUAAUCCAGUUUUUGUGUGGUCAUGCACCAAAACGCCAUAGAAAUGAAGCUAUGUCACAAAUGUCUCACAAAUGAGGCGCCUAAGGGAAUAUAAAGAACAUUUUGGUUAUUUAAAAAAAAAAGUUGACAAAGCUCUGCACUGUGGCUGAACAUGAACUCGAGUCAUGGGUAUGGUCUUCUACACGCUUAAUUAUUCUGACUUUACAAAUAAAACACCGCUCAUUCUUUUGUACAAGAAACCAGUAAUAAUCCUUCUGCAUUUGUUCUAACAAAUUAUGGACUCAACACAAACAAAUUCCAGCAAAUGGGGAUUCGUCCUUCACUUUGAGAUAAGACCAGAGACAUGGCCAAGGACACCAAAGCACACAGGAAAACAUUUAAAUAGUCGCUCAACUUGACAUUACUAUUUGUAUUAUGUUUAAAGCAUUUAAGAGACCGUUCCCAGUGACGGGAAAUCGUGAAGAAAAACUAGAACCAGAAAGUUUUCAGAGAAGGCUGUACAAGGUAAAGUUAAAAAUGUAAGGGCUUAUCCUAAAGCAGGGGUCUCAAACUCAAAUUACCCAUGGGCCGAUGGAGAUAGACAUUGGGUGAAUGUGGGCCACAUCAAGUAUUCUACAAAAAAGUUUAUAGUAGUGAUGCACGAUAAUACAUUUUUCAACCGAUAUCGAUAACCGAUAAUUUCCUGCCCCUUCCACCCGAUAACCGAUAAUGUCACGCCGAUAAUUCUAUUCAAAUAUGUAUGUAAAAUGUUAAAGUAUACAAAGAUCAAAUUUUACUGUGCAAAAAUGUAAUUUAGUGCUAUUUUUUUCCACAUCAAAUGUGAACAAGUAGUCAAUUCCAACAACUAAACAAUGGCAAUGACGUGUAAUGUAAGCUUUUGGCAACAAUUACUUAGAGAGUAAACAGCCAAGUUGCACAAAAAUGCCCUUAAAAGUAAGCCAUUCCUAACAUAUAUCACAUUACUUCACUGCAAAAACACCUCCUUAAAACUAGCAGAAUUGGACAAAACUUUUGAUUGCGCACAUUUUGGGGCUAAAUCAAGUAUAUAAUUAUCGGAUCGCAUUAUCAGUUGAAUUCCGUUAUAUCUGGAUUAUCUGUGUGACGUCAUAAUUGCCAUUAUCGGCCGAUAAUUAUCGGUGACCGAUAUUAUCGUGCAUCUCUAGUUUAUAGUAUUAAACAAGUCAUCCAAUCGUCUCAGUCUUAUGAAUAACACUCAAGAACAUGAACGGUACUUCAGACCAUGAAGACUGUUGACUGCUCCCCUUCUCACCUUUCUGUUAUUUUACAUAUUUCUCCUCAUUCUUAUCUCAUUCACUGCUAUGGACAGUGAUAGAUGCACAAUCAUGUGGCUCUUUUAAUCCUUUUCCCGUUAAUUUCAAUUAGUUUAUCAAUAGUAGAUGUCCAAUCCAUUUGAAAUGGGAGGGUGGCAGCAUGUUCAUUCCCUUGUUCUGUAUGAAACAAACACUUAAUGUGCUAUAUGGAAUUUAUAGUAUCGCAUUGGCCCGAAUAUAAGACAGUGUUUUUUGCAUUGAAAUAAAACUGAAAAAGUGGGCGUCGUCUUAUAUUCGAGGUCUAGACAUUAUACCCAUUCACGACGCUAGAUGGCGCCAGAUAUCACUGAAGCGAUGUUCUGUCAUGACAGAUCUCAGCUACUCUCAAGUUUAACCAGUUUGCAUUAUUUAACUGCAAUGUUUUUGCUUAUUCAGAUUUGUUUCAAGAUUACAGUUACAGUUUGACUUCACUUUGAUGGUUAAUGCAGUUAUUGCAAUGUUGUUGUUUUAUCACAAUAGAUUGGUUUAUUUACAUUUCAAAAACCAGAAGCCACAUUCAUUUACGAAUGUGAUUGCACUUCAGUUUACAUAUUUAAAUGUUCGGACAUUAAGAUUUGAAUGAGGCAAAAUAACAUGCUUCUUCUCUCAAAUAUAUUGUAAUAAUCAUUUGUUUCAGAUGUACUGUAAUUAUUUUCUGUAUAAAAAUUAAUUUGGUGUUCAAAAAGUCUUUUUUCAAACUUGAGUCUUGAAAAGAGGGGGUCGUCUUAUAAUAAGGGCCGUCUUAUAUUCGGGCCAAUACGGUAUUAAUGUAAAAUACUUUUCUACUCCAUGCAUACUCCACUAGUGCCCUGAGGUGUACAAAGAGUGCUGACAUUUUGAGUGACACUGCCCCAAAAAGCCCUUUUUCUUCCCUUCAAUAGAGAUCAAGCACUGUGGGCGAACACGCACCUGUGCACGUCCAGCACUGAUUCACUGAGCCUCCGCCUAGUCUCUGAUUUUUUUUUCUUUUCUUUUGCAAUUUUAUAUUUAAUAUUUUUAUAACAAAAAAGGAACAACUGCUUGGGAUUGUAGUCUUUUUUUUAAGGAUAAUCUUGGUUGUAUUCUGAAUAAAAUAGGAAUCAGACAUUUCAUAUUUUUAGGGUUAGGGUUUCAAGUUGGGAUCAUUGGGAUGUUUGGUCAAAUUAGGGACUCAGUCAAUCAUAAUCAUAGUUACAGUAGCCCUUUGUAAAAUUGUAAGAUGUCAGGGAUAAUAUUUUUAUGUAAUUAUAUAAAUUUAGUAUUAAUAAAAAAAAAUAUUAAAUAUUUAAAAAAUUAUCAAAAAUUAACCCUUUAACACCGAACGUGUCGGCAGCGACGCGUUUACGCAUAUCGUCUUUGAAGCUUCGUCACGCUGUUAUUACGUCACCCACGUGCCGCUGGUUGGUCUCAUUUGAAAGUGCGGAAGUUGAUGUCCACACCAGUUUUUAUUUGAAGUCAAUCGACCAAGAAAAACGGGAGAUAAUGUCAUUUGAAUUUUAUAUUUUUAUUGCACUCAUAAAUAUGCAUUAAAAUGCUGCAUGAACCAUGUAUCUAUCUCCAUAUUUCCAUCAUUUCUUGUCCUUUUUCAAAACCGAAAGCAGCACAAAAGACUACACAUCCCAAGAGCCGUUGUGAUGUCAAGAAGGAUGAACCGAAUGUGAUCAUUUUUAAUAAGUUUCCGAGCGAGGCGCCAACUAAUGAAAGGGAGGCAUGCGACGCAAGCAACGGCCUGUUGGUUUGAGCGAGCGACUUUGAAACGUGCAGAAUGAAUCUAAAACUACAUUUAGCACAAGCUAAUGCAUUAAUUCAUUAACUCAAGGAAGAAGAUGAGCCGUAUUUGUCGUUGUUUUCCUGGGAUGAGUCGGCGUCUCGGCGAGUAGAGGUGACAGCAGCGCGCAAACGGCGAAAGAGUAGGCUGUGUGACAUUGUGUGUGACGCAGCUCCGUGACCUGUUCAAGAAGAAGCUUUAUUGAGUGCGCAAAAAAAAAAAAAAAAACUUUAUCGGGUCGCAUGCCUGAACAAUUGUAAUUGAACUUAAGUACUUGUCAAUUUUUUAUAAAAUACUUUUUUUCUAUGUUAUAUAUAUUUUUCUCUUCACUAUAAUCUUUUUCAAUUUUAUGUAGAUGUGUGUUGAAGAAGCUUGAUUGCAUGUACGUAUAUAAUUUUGAUAAGGUGAUGGGUACAAUACCUAACUUCACAAAGAUAUAUCCUCCAAACCCUUUGUGUGUUAGAUGAUAUAUGUAAUCUUUUUUCUCACUAUUUUGCACUGUAUAUAACCUGUUUUGACCAUAGUAUGUGUAAAGGCCAAAAACGCCUAUGACCAUACCUGCGGUUUGUGUUGAAUUGUCAAACAUAAAACUAUUCAAUCUUAUUUUUUUCUAUUGAAUGUUUAUCCUAACAAGUUGAAUAAAUAUUAUCAGGCUUCAAAACGGUUGGUUGAGCAUGUUUGGUUGUCAAUGGGACAUCAACAUUACAAAUUUUGAAAAAAGAUUUUGGGAUUUUUUUGUCUUUUUGGGUCCAAAAUGUGGAUUAUAAUUGGUCAGUGAAGAAAACAACAGUUUGGACAUGAAGUUCAAGGUGUCCUGAAAAAAGGGACCCAACUUGGCCAUUGUAAACAUUUUUUUCUUUGAAAUAUAAAGGCAACAUCAAAUGCAUGCAAAUUCGGCCAAAAUAGGCUUAGGUGUUAAAGGGUUAAAGCCCAAAAAAAUAAUAGAAAAAAAAUCAUAAAGAUUUUUUUGAAUGAAGAA